AGUUGGAGCCAUUCCUGUCUGCGGUGAAAUACACGAAUGGCUCCAGUCUCUGGUCGUCCGCCUAAACUGACUAAAUGAGUUUUGUCAGCGGAGCUUGUCAGCGGAUGACUUUUUCAUCGCCGGAAUAUCGCUGAACGACCUCGCUGAUCAAGAUAGACUCUGCCUUCUCUUGAUUAUCCAAUGAUGAAACGCCUGACGAAAACAAAAAUGACGUAAUUCUACUUUUUUUACAUAAGCAACUGAAUUUAAAAUUUUUGCCCAACACGGAUAAACUAUUUCGAUACAAAACUUGCAAAAUGGCCGAAGACCAAAGCAAUCCUUUUCUGACUGCUACUAUCAUUGGCGAUUGUGGAAAUUCUACCAGUGGUGGAUCAGAACCAAAAUAUGUUCCACUAGCCGCUGAUCUUGUUCCCGUUGAAGUAAAAAGCUGGUUCGUGGCAAUGGAAGCGAAAGAGUUAUUGAAGAAGUAUUCCCCAAAAACUGAAGCGAGAGAGUUUCUACCGAAAACUUCCAAGUAUGGUUGUAAAGAGAAAAUGAUAGCCGCUAUAGGCUCAGAAGAGAUGGUUUACCCCGGAGAUUGCGGACUGUUUUCAACCAUUCUAACAGCCUACAACAACCACUGGACACUUCGAACGUCUCCCGAUGACUGGUGGUUCUGCGUGAUCAGGCGAGUGGCAGGUGCUAUCGAAAAAAACGCCAAGAAAGAUUCCGUACGUAAGAUGUUUGUUGAUCACGAAGGAAAAAAAGAAAUUGAAGUGGAAGUACCUGACACCACCAUCUACACUGUUGACUAUAGCUGGUUCUUUGAUCAAAUGGCAAAGGGAAUACGAAAGAACGUCAAAGUACCUGAGUUCGUUGAUGGAGUAACGGCGGAUUUUAGCACCACAACACCAGUGCAGAAGGUCGUCUCACAGAUUGUGUUGAUGCAUUCGGUUCAGGAGUAUUUUAAGUACAGCAUGAUGCUUAUGUGUGGCAUUCCUGCUGUGGAAAUGCUGGGCACUGAGGACGAUUGGAAGAAACUUAAGUCCAAACUUAAGGUGCUGCGAGCACUGCUUGAACCUAUCGAGAAUGACCUUGAUUUACAGACAGAAUGGUGGAAUGCUGUGGAAAAUGUGUUUAACAACUUGGUGGCUACCUAUUGUGGGAACCCAGACAAGAAAUGGUGGAGUCAUAUCAUUUCUUACAAGAAAGAGUUCGGAUCUGGAAGCCCUGAAUACCAAGGGUGGAUAACAGAGUUUUUGGAAGGCACAAACAGGGUCCUGACCAUGAGCCAGUUGUCAAGUGGUAUCAUUAGUGUGCCCCUUGAACUUAAAAACCCAGGUGGCUUGCAAGACACUGCUACACUUGUGGCAGGAAUGGCAGGUUUCACCAUGCAUAACAAGGACACUACAAGUGUGUCUGUGCAGCCAUACCAAGGCUGGUGUCUUUUUUUAAAAGAAGACUCUCCAUUUUGCCAAAAUUCUCUGAGUGGUGGAAAAUAGAGGACCUGUAUCUUGGGUAACAAAGCAAUUCUUUAACUUGUUUUGAUUCAUUUUCAGUUCGUAUGUGGGAUGUUUUUACCCAGUAUGUAAACAAAAAUCUGCAUCCUAGCAGUUAAUUUACAUCCAGAAAUAUUAUAGCCCUCAGAUAGUGUAAGAAGUACUGACAAAAAUAAAUAUAUAGCAUUCAUGUUGAAAUUGAUAUGACAAAAAAGUGGAAAUGUUGCUUUAGAGGUGAACCAAUAAAGACAAGUAAAACUUUUGUUACUGACUUUCA